CGCCGGGGAAGUUGCAGCUCCUGUCUGAGCCGGGGUAGACUCCGGCUCCCUGUCCCCCUCGCUGGCCAUGGCCCCCGCAGGCCUGGCCCGCCCGUGGGGCGUGAGGGCACCCAGGAAGCAGGAGUUAAGAGGGGCCAUUUCUGCAAAGCGUUUGCUUUGACUAGGGGCCAGGUUUAUCCCAUGCGGCGGGGUAACUCUGGUGAUCUCAGUGGCGGUAGCCCAGGGCUGAAUGUGGCUCCCUAGCUGCAUUUGAAGGAUGCCUUGUGCUACUGCUGGUGAGAUGUACCUUGUUGAGGGGUGAUUGAGCCUCCUCUGUCAUGUCCAGACGCAGCCAGCGCCUCGGGGCCACCCGCUAUUACCAGGGUGAUGAUGAUGGCAGCAGCAGUGGUGGCAGUUUGCUAUUGGGUGGCCAGGAGCCCCCCUUUAGGGACAGUCCUAACAGGACCCUACGGAGGAAACCGAGCAGCAUGAAGCGCCUCUCUCCAGCCCCGCACCUGGGACCUCCCCCUGCCACCCAGACCUCCUACUACAGCGAGUCUGUGAUCAGUGAGUCCUACCUGGGCAGCAGCAGGGGACUUGCUGGUGGGGGCAGCACUGCCUUUGAUGACCCACAGGACAGCGACUCCUACUGGGGUGGGGAGCUCUCCGCGAGGAGAAGAAGAGGCACAGGAGGUACGGAGUCCAGUAAAAUCAAUGGGCUGGCAGAGAGCAAGACUUAUGACACCUAUGCCUCUUCAUCUGGCUACUCCUCUGAGGAUGACUAUGCAGGUCGCUCUUCCUUGGACCAGAAUAGUGCUGGUUCUGGGUUCAGGAAUGCCAUCUCGCGAGCAGGCUCUUUUCUCUGGCUGGUGGUCACUUCACCAGGCCGGAUCUUUGGACUGUUGUACUGGUGGAUUGGAACCACGUGGUACCGCCUCACCACUGCAGCCUCUCUGCUGGAUGUCUUUGUCUUAACAAGGCGCUAUUCGGCUCUGAAGAAACUUCUUCUGCUCCUCCUGCUACUGCUACUCCUGGCUUCCAUUGCUUAUGGUGCUUGGUAUUUCUACCCCUUUGGAUUCCCGAUGCUCUACCCUGCCAUGUUUUCUUGGGGCACAGCAAAGCUUUCUCCCCCUGUUGCUGGGAAAGAGGAGAUGCUUAGAGCCGGGGAUUCGUCUGCGUUCUUUCGGGCAGAGCAGCAAAUCCUGUCUCGGUUUCAAAGUUUGGAGAAACGCUUCCAGACCCUAGAGGCUGAGGCAUCCCGGCUGGAGAAGCUGGAGCUCCAGAGAGGGGUGGCGGCUGGGGGAGGCCUGACACACGAGGCCACCCUGACGCUCCUGGAGGGGCUGGUGAGCCGUCGAGAGGCCGCACUGAGGGAGGACUUGGCCCUGCACGUCAAGAGCGAGCUAGAUACCAUCCAAGGCCAGCUGCAGAAGGAUUUAAACGGGCGCCUGGAGAAGAUUACUCAGGCAUCUCAGGAGGUGGAGGCCCGGAUGCUCCAGCUGAAUUCGGAAUGGCAAAGCUCGACACAAGAGGGCCUGCAGGGGAGCUUCCGGCAGGAGAUGGGCAGGCUGGAGGCGCAGCUGGCAGGCCUGAGGAAGGAGCUCGCACUCCUGGCAUCUGACCAACAGGCAGUGGUGAAGCACAUGGAGUCACUCCCGGGACAAAUCAAGGGAGUGCAGGAGGACGUGGAAGCACAGUUCCCCCAGUGGAUCAGCCAGUUCCUGUCGCAGCCCAGGGAGGAUGGAGUGGGCAGCCUGGUUCUCCAGCGUGAGGAGCUACAGGAUCAGCUCCAGAAGCUGGAGCGCAAAAUCCUCGCCAGAGUCUCUGAGGACCGGAGGAUGUCUGCGCGGGAUGCCAAGGCUAGCAUUGGGGUAGCGCUGCAGCAGGAGGGAGUCACGGGUGUGACUGAAGAGCAAGUGCACCUCAUUGUGAACCAAGCCUUGAAGCGCUACAGCGAGGAUCGCACUGGAAUGGUUGAUUACGCCCUUGAGUCAGGGGGGGCCAGUGUUAUUAGCACCCGGUGCUCAGAAACCUACGAGACAAAGACGGCACUGAUUAGUCUGUUUGGGAUCCCCCUGUGGUACCAUUCUCAAUCUCCACGAGUUAUCCUGCAGCCGGACGUUAACCCUGGGAAUUGCUGGGCUUUCCGUGGAUCGCAGGGCUUUGCUGUUAUCCGUCUGUCCAGCCACAUUCGCCCCACUGCUGUGACUCUGGAGCACGUCCCAAAAGCCCUCUUGCCCCUGGACACCAUCCCCAGUGCGCCUAAGGACUUUGCCGUCUUUGGUCUGGACGAAGAAGGACAGCAAGAAGGCAUCGUUCUCGGACAGUUCACCUACAACCAGGAUGGGGAUCCCAUCCAGACGUUCCACUUGGAGGGUGAAGAUGUGGGCACGUUCCAGGUGGUGGAGCUACGGAUUCUGAGCAACUGGGGCCACCCGGAGUACACCUGCAUCUAUCGCUUCCGUGUGCACGGGGAGCCGGUCCACUAACCCCGCCCUGCCUCUCCCCUGCCCCCAGCUGGCUACCUCAGGUUCUGCGCUGGCCGCAAGCAACAACCAUGACAGAGAGAGGUUGUCUCCAGAGAGAAUGGCAAGCCGGUUAAGGAAAUACUUCUUUUUGCUGCUUCUCUCAAGUCCCAGGGUGGGAGAUGUGGGGGAAUGACCACCCUUGGCAAACCUAGUCCCCAUAUGCUUUUCUGUGCUGCCGCUUCCAGAGGGAAGAGUUUGUAUUGGGGGCGGGGGGUGAGGGGGGCGGGAAAGGAUUUUAGUGUUCAAAAGGUGGUGUGAUGGGAAACGAGGCUCCAAUCCAGGUCAGACCAGACAUUUUAACUUUUUAAAAAUUUUAUUUUUAAAUGAGUCUAUGCAGUCCAGACCUUUCCGCACCUCCCUUUUCCCAGCCCCAUCCCUUCCAGAUGUUAAAGAAGACUAUAGCAUAGUGUCCCAAGUUUUAUGAACGAACAUGUAGUUAUUAUUAUACAGUGGGGUGGAGGUGAUAUAUUUAUGGCAUCGCUGGCUAGGUAAGCAGCAUCUGAAUGUCAUAGAGGUUGGAGGGAGGGUAGGCACAUGGCCAAAUAAUUUUGCACUAUCGCCCGUUUCCUUCCAUUAUUGGAUCAGUGGUUUGUUUUAGUUAGACCCAGUGGCUAGCUUGCCAUGGGUUGAAUUUGCAACUCAUGACCCUGCAAAGUAGCUAGCAGGCAUGUUAGCAGAGGGAAAUAAUGAGGACACAGACAUGUAUUAAAGAGGUAAUAUAUAAGCAAAAGACUGGGGUUUUAGACCUUGGGGGAGAAGAUAAUCUAGUCUCCCUGGGAUUGUAAACCAGCCUCAACAAUGGAAACCUUCCACUUGGGUCAGUGUCUUAUAUAGUCACCAAGAUACACCUUCCCUUCCACUGCAGCUGAGUGCUAUUGGAUUUCACCAAUAUGCGAGGCUGUGGCCCAGAGUGGGAGAGGGUCCUGUAUUAUUCUCACACACGUAUGUGUGUGUCGUUCUCGCAUGUAAAUCCCCAAAAUAGUGCUAAACAUUCACAAGUCAAAAUGUCUGUGUUUGAUGUCCUUUAAAACUCUUCCCCCGAAACUGUUUUUAGUAAUAAUGGAUGUACUUUUCCAUGCAACGUAUAAUUAACGUGUAGAACUUCAUACCACAAGGGAUACCACUGAGGCAAAUCGCUUAGAUUAGACCUUUAGAGUAGCAUUUGUAGUAGCACUAGCUAGAGUGAAAUGGCCAGGACUGUUUAAUCCUCAGGCUUUGAGAUGUGAACUGCUCAGUAGCUAUAUUCAGGAGAAAAUUUCCCUCCAUGGCUGCUGCAUGAUCAGAUGCCAUGGCCCAGGAGUUGGAGACAGGGUACUAGGCUCGAUGGACCAGUGGUCUGGUAGUGCCUGCCUGCUUUGCUUUUGGAAAACCCUAGUCAAAAUUAUAACAGUCUGUGGUGGGUGUAAAAAUAUAUAAUUACACCCCCACUGGUUUAUGUACAUCUGUAUAUAAACAACUGUACAUAGUGGGGUAGAGUCUAGGCUGUAGUUAUCCAGACACAUGGGGUUUGUUGAUGGGGACACAGGGCAGACAUGAGGGGAUCAGUGUGAUCGCUGGAAGUGGCACAAACCCUGCAGGAUAACGGGGGAAACGAGACAAUAUUAUACAGGCUUUGGGGAUAAGGGGACGACAACCCUAACGGCUCUGAUCUGGGGCGAGGGUGGGGAAAGACAGCAGGCUGAGCAGAGGGUAUGGUGCCAAGGCUGGCUGAAGGGUUCUGUGACACAGCUCGUGGCGCUUACUGUAAAUAGGGGUGGUGAGGCAAGCCAGUGCAGCGUGGUUCAGAUCAGUAAGGAUCCUGCUACCGGGCCUGCAAGGGAGAAUAGUAAUGGUGGCAGCAAUGGUUCCAGGAGGGGGCUUGUGGCGGCAGCUGGGCCUGGCCUGUCCCCUCAGGGGAGGGGUGGGCAGGUCUGUGUCACAGCCCUCCCCCAUUCACAGCUGCUGUCCUGGGCUGAGGCAGUGUAUGGGGGCGGUUGGACAGGGCACAUGUGGGCAGGGAGGGGCUGACAGCUACCUCUUCCCAUGGAUUUAUCUGGGAGCAGGGAGACAGCACCAAGGUGGGAAAGGCCCCUCCCUGCCAGAUUUGAGCCACAAGGACCUCCCCCCAGCCUGUUCGUGUUGUUCCCAGCUGGCAAGAGAAGCGGGGUGAGGGGGGAAUUGUGAACAGGCUGGCGGGGCCUUCUAGUGGGUGUGGUUGUGAGAAUAUCAGCUUUGAGCUGCAGGACAGAGUAGAAGCUCGUAUCAGUGGCCUUGAGAAGGUAACAUGUGGCUGCUCAGAGAAGGGUUUUGUCUCUCUAGGUUUUGGCCAGCAUGCUCUGCUCUUAGUUGAGCUUAUGUUUUGAAUUGUUUUUUACUUAUCCAUAUUGUCUUCUCUUUAUCUGAAAGAAAAGCCAAGGGCUCACUUUGUUUCAGCCCCAUUUGAGGCUGGCACCCCCCAAGUCAAAUUGGGGCUGUGAGCUGUGGGGGUACUGAGCACUGAUUUUUGCCAGGUUGUCUCCAAAAACCUAUUGAAGUCCAGUAGGGCUGGGAUGGUGUGAAGGGGAAGUGAGUGGGGUACUCCCUUCCACAGCUGGCAAUGGGCUUUUUCUGGCCUUAAAUCAGCUGGAGAAGUCAAGCAGUGCACGUCCUCUUGGUCUGCUCCUCCACUGCCUCAUCAAGCAUUUGGCUCUGAUCCAUGUGCCCAUAGGGAUGAGCAGGGGACGGCACCUCCCUUUGGAAUCAAUCACCACUACACCUAAAUAGGCUGCAGGGGGUGGUGACUGGGUGAAGAAUGGCUUCUACACUAGAUGCUGAUUGCCCCAGGCACCAAGAGAUUGGGAAUCAAACCACGGGCUCCUUUAUGGAAGAGCAUGGCCCCGGUCCCUAGAACUCAGAGUCCCACCUGCAGGGGACUCAGACUGGCAAUUGAAGAUGGGUUGUCCAGGGCUUUACAACCCCCUAGGAGCAGUGGACCUACCCUCUGGUGAAUCUUUAAAAUCUGACUACUGACCCAACCCUCCCCCAACAUCUAGGCAUGCUGGAACAGUGAGGAAAGGAGAAAAGGUUUAUUAACUUUUCCUGUGCUCCAGCACCAGCUGUCAAAUCGCUGCUUCAGCUGCAGCCCCACUUCUUAUCAACAUGCUGGGUAAUCAUGGUACUAGAUACAGAAGGUGAGUACAGCAAGGUGGUAAUACAUGGGAAAGAUCUGCUAAGGCAGAGCUUCUCUGUUUACUCCCCUUGAGCUGCCUCACUUUUCCCCCUCUCUUUCUGUGUGUGUGUACCAGGAAAGUGUUAUAAAUUAACCUUGCACAAACCAAGCUGGGUACAGGCAGAUUAAUCUGUGUUUAAUUCUGUAGCCUAUUGCAAAUGCUGCACUGUUUUGUUUGUUUAUCUACAGACUGUAAUUUAUGCCUAUGCAAAAAAAAUCCAAGACAAUAAAUUGUGUCAAAACAGUU